AUGGAUGAACCAAUGCGACCCAGAGAUGGAGCCAUCAGCAGAGAACCAAGACCAAGACAUCAGUCUACGGCAACAGAACAAGAAGUCCGUAACAUACACAAAUCAAAUCUGAGCAAAAAGUUUCAGUGUAUAUUUGAAGGUGUUGCAGAGAGAGGAAAUCCUACUCUUCUCAAUGAUAUCUACACAGAGCUCUACAUUAUGCAGGGUGGAAAUGGAGAUAUCAACUAUGAACAUGAGAUCAGACAGAUUGAGACAGCAUCUAGGAGAGAAGGAACAGAGGAGACGCCAAUCAAAUGCAAUGACAUAUUUAAACCCUUACCAGGACAAGACAAACCCAUCAGAACUGUGCUGACAACAGGAGUCGCUGGCAUUGGAAAAACAGUUUCUGUACAGAAGUUCAUUUUAGAUUGGGCUGAAGGCAAGGCAAAUCAAGAUAUAGAUUUCAUAUUUCCUCUGCCUUUUCGAGAACUGAAUAUUUUCAAAGAGAAAGAGCUGUGUUUUGUGGAACUUCUACGUCAUUUUGCCAUGGAAGUACGAGAUGUAGACCUCUCAUGCGAUGAUGCCUACAAAAUGGUUUUCAUCUUUGACGGUCUUGACGAGUGUCGACUACCGCUGGAUUUUCAGAGCAAUGAGAAAUGUACUGAUAUCACCAAGAAAACCUCUGUGGAUGUGCUGCUGACAAACCUCAUCAAGGGCAGUCUGUUUCCAUCUGCUCUGAUCUGGAUAACCUCUCGACCAGCAGCAGCCAAUCAAAUCCCUCCUGAAUACACUGACCAGAAUACUGAGGUACGAGGGUUUAAUGGUUCACAGAAGGAGGAGUACUUUAGAAAGAGAAUCUGUGAUCAGAGCUUAGCCAAAAAAGUCAUCUUACAUGUGAAGACAUCGAGGAGUUUGUACAUCAUGUGCCACAUACCAGUGUUCUGCUGGAUUUCAGCCACUGUUCUAGAGAGGAUGUUGACUGCUGACAAAAAUGGAGAAAUCCCCAAAACUCUUACCGAAAUGUACACACAUUUCCUGAUUCUUCAAACAAACAUCAAGAAUGAGAAGUAUGCAAAUGGAGAUAAGACAAAUGUGGAAAUGAUUUUCAGAUUGGGGAAACUGGCGUAUGAGCAGUUAAAAAAAGGUAAUCUAAUCUUCUAUGAGGAGGACAUGCAAGAAUGUGGCAUCGACGUCAGAGAGGCAUCAGUUUACUCAGGAGUGUGCACUCAGAUCUUUAGAGAGGAGAUAGGGCUCCACGUUGGGAAAGUUUAUUGCUUUGUGCAUCUGAGCAUUCAGGAACAUCUGGCUGCUGUAUAUGUAUAUCUCUCUUUUAUUAACUUCAACAGAAAUGUCUUGGACUCAUCAAAAGUUGCAAAGUUGCAUGACUUACACAAGCUUGCAAUAGAUAAGGCCUUACAGAGCAAGAGUGGACUUCUGGACCUCUUCCUCCGCUUCCUCCUUGGACUUUCAUUGGAGUCUAAUCACAAUCUUCUUGGAGAACUCACAGCAAAGACACAACACAGCCGAAAAGGCUUCAAGGAAACUGUAAAACACAUUAAAAGGAAGAUUUGGCUUAGCCCAUCUCCAGAGAAAUCCAUUAAUCUGUUCCAUUGUCUAAAUGAACUGAAUGACCAUUCACUAGUGGAGGAAAUCCAAAAGUACCUCAGCUCUGGAAGCCCAUCAAAAUCUAGACUUAAUCCUGCUCAGCGGUCAGCUUUGGUCUUCAUAUUGCUGACCUCAGAGGAGUGCUUGGAUGUGUUUGACUUGCGCAAAUAUGACACAUCAGACGAGGGCCUUACAUGGCUGUUUCCUGUGUUCAAGGAAUCUAGAAUAGCUUUGUUGGUCCAGUGUUAUCUGUCUUGGAAAAGCUGUGCAACAUUGGCCUCAGUUCUCAGCUCAGGCUCCUCAGGUCUGAGAGAGCUUGACUUGAGUAAUAACAAGCUUAAUGAUUUAGGGGUGAAGUCACUCUUUCAUGCACUCAACAGUCCACACUGCAAACUGGAGGCACUAAACUACAAACGAGUGGACCCUGAUGGGCAUCCUCGUCAGUACGCUGUGGCCAUUAAUGUUCCGAGGGACCAGUGCCAAAAGAAUUUUAACCCCACCGGGAGCAACUUCCUCCUAGGAGAGGAUGCAAACUUGGUAAAAAACAUCAUCAAAAACGAGACAUAUUCCGUCUACCAAGGAAGCGAGCUCAUCGCGGCUGGACAAGAGCAGAAGAAAGGCUAUAAAAGACAUUCAGAGUCUCUUUUGCUUAAUCCGCCCAACAACUCCCCCAAGACAAAGCUUUUGAAAUCUAAGACAGAGAGUUGCCUGAUUUUCUACUCUUUUAACUCUCCCUGUGUAAGGAGCUGCCUUAACGAGAAUGUGCCACAGAAUCUUUUGAAAGGUCUCGAUGAAAUCAAAGCGCACAGCGGUCUGAAAGCUUUUGUCUUCAACCAGAUUUGGGGAGAAGACGCGAAGGCAAAUCUGGCAGAUAAAUUUCGGUUAGUCAGUGCCCGUGUGCCUCUGUGUCGCUGCGACUCUGAUAACGAAUGUCACUCGUGCGGGGGCGGUGGAAACACUCCCAUUGCUAAAGCAUGUCUUCCAUAA